AAAAUGGCGUCGUUGGUGAGAAUUCAUCCUAUGCAGCAUAUGACAGAAAAUCGACAGAAAAAUAACGUGCAAAGAGGCCCAUUUCGUUUCACACAACUGUGGAAUGACAUCAUCCAUCACAUGAAGGGACAUGUGGAAGUUAAAAAACGACGACACUUGGUUAAAAACUAUGAUAACUGUUUUAUUGGAACAGAAGCUGUUGAUGUGCUGAUGAAUUACUUGCUCACAGUCAGUAAUAUUCUAAAAUGUGAUAUAACCAGAGAUAAAGCAAUAAAGUUGGCACAGGCUUUAAUGGACAACAAUGUUUUUGAGUCUGUGUCAUCUAGUUCGGCACAAACUGCUAAGAAGAUAUCAUUUGAAGACAGUGCAAGUCAUCUCUAUAGGUUUUGUGAAGACAGCACUGAAGCCUCAACACAGAAAGUGGAAAAAACACCAAAUACAAAGCGGAGAAGCCGACGAAGUAGUUUUGGAUUGCCAUCAAAACAGAAAUUUGUUGUGAAAGAUGUUCCCAAGACACCAGACACAGAGCGUGUUAUUAGCAAUCCUUUGCCAUUCAGUCCAUAUGGUGAAUUAUUUCAUAGAAUCUUACAGGACAGUACAUGUAAUGACAGUCAAGGCAAUAUGUCUACAGCAUCAUCUACAUCUAUUGUACAGUCUAGAGAUAUUGAUGAUGUGUGGCGAGAAGUAGCAUUGGAAAGACUUUUGCAUGUAAUUGAUGUGCCAAUGUUAGACCAUGUAUUGAAAUGUAUUACAGACAAUAAACAGGAAGACUCCCAUAAUAUUGUCAUCUCUAAUGUUUUUGCUAAUACUCAUAGUCCUGCCCAGACAAGUACACCAAGUGAUGGAUGGAUUGUAUCUGCACUAGACUGCCUGGAUCAGCACCCAGAAAGUCUAAGGAUUAUUGAAAGUCUCAUUGGAUCAGAUGGGAACAUAUCAGAUGCAUCUGAUAUCCAAGAAAUGGAUACUCUCAAGAAAAAAGCAUUGUUUAAAGUUGUACAGGACUUAUACCAUGGACAGAGAGAACCUCUACUGCCAAAAGGAUUUUUUGAGUUAUAUACUGCAAUAUUGACAUUACUUUCUAAUGAUCAACCAGAGAUUCACUGA